UUGCGAGUGUGCAGGGAUCUGAUAGCACGUUAUUGUCGAUUUGUGCAACACAUCAACUCUUACCUCAGAUUUACUGUUUGUUACAUACAUAUUUCUUUUUUAAAAAAUACAACAUGGUUGAUGCAUUCUGUGCCACCUGGAAAUUGGUUGACAGCCAGAACUUUGAUGAGUACAUGAAAGCCCUAGGUGUAGGUUUUGCGACAAGGCAAGUUGGAAAUGUUACUAAACCAACUAUCAUCAUCAGCCAAGAGGGCGAUAAGAUUGUGAUCAAAACACAGAGUACUUUCAAGAACACAGAAAUAUCCUUCAAACUUGGAGAGGAGUUUGAUGAAAAUACUGCAGACGACAGAAACUGCAAAUCCACUGUGAGCCAGGAUGGAGACAAACUUGUGCAUGUGCAGAAGUGGGACGGCAAGGAGACCACAUUUAUCAGAGAGAUCAAGGACGGCAAAAUGGUUAUGACUGUAACUUUUGGUGAUGUCCAGGCUGUCCGAACAUACGAGAAGGCAUGAUUUCUGCUUCGAACCCUACGUCUCCAAAUCUAUUUCAGCCCUGUUUACUGGACUACAGAGUUCCAGCGGUAUUUUAUUACUGUUUGCAUUUCAUCAGCUCAGAUGUUUUGUGAAGAUAAUGUUUUUAUAAGCUCAGUUUAAAAAAAAAAAAAAAAAAAAAAAAAACCUUCAAAAUGAUAAAACGGUUUCAUAUGAGAUAUUUUUUUUGUGAACCAGUGCAAAACAGACUGAAAUAAAGUUUAUUAUGUAGUCCA